UACCGAUUUUAAACCGAAGUCUAUGCACAGAUCGAACCACAUUGUGUGUCAUUUGCCCUUUCCGUAUACAUUAUCCAGUCGGAUCGGCCCAUCAAAGCAGACUACGCUUCAAAACCCACGCCUCGGCGAAAGUGACGCAUACCAACCCCAGAUACCGACACGCGGAAUGGUAAAUAUAUCAAAGUCAAUCACGUAGUCAAUCACAGUAGGUUGGCAGUGUACGGACAACGAUUUCCAGUCCUGGUGGAGGGUGCCCACAUGUGUCGUGCCCCGCCGAUGGAAUCUCUGACUGAAGUCAUUAUUGCGCUGAUAAAAAAUUCACUCGACGCAAAUUGUACGUCCAUUGCGAUCCGGAUUUGCUUGGAACUGUUUUGGAUUCAGAUACUGGAUAACGGCGACGGCAUCAGCAGAGAGGAUCUCCAGAGUAUCGGAAAAUUUUGCCAGGUAAACAUUGACUUCCAACGGAAAAAGCCAUCGAAACAAUUCGCCCGCCUGACCGGCGAGUCUCUGCUAGACAUCAUCCCUCAGUGUGAGGAAGUGCUGAUUGAAUCCGUAGACGGCAAAGCAAACGACCACAAAUCCCACUCGCGCCUAUUCAAACAGCGGACGGCCACCAGCUCCCAGCGGAGUUUUGAUUCGGUGUCGCGGUACCACCACGCGCGCAAAUCCCGUGGCACAACCGUGACGUUGAAAAACGUAUUCUAUCGGGACCCGGAACGACAACGGCACCAUUCCAUCAGAAAGGAUUACCGAACGUUGCUCGUGGAGAUACGUGCGUUGGCAUUGGUUCACUUUGACCGUUCUUUUACGGUGCAGGAUUUGUCGAACGGAGAGGUGGUGUUCAAAAGUAAGCGGCUGACAGCAUUUCUUCCGAAGUAUUGCGAGCUCUACGACUUGUCCGAAACAGAAAUUGAUGUGAUUACCUGUACCAAGGACAACGUUCUAAUCGAAUGCUAUUUCAGCGAGCGUCGACUCAGCCACCCGUCGAGCCCAAUCGAGUUGACUUUUAUUAAUGGCCUACCCAGCAGUGAGCUUUUGCCAAUCACUAGCAAUAUUUUAACGCAACAAAAGCACGACAUUGACUUUGUGAUAGUGGUCACUUAUCCUAGAAACGAUGUGUUGACCCAGCUCAACGAACCAAUUGUGAAGAACUGUUUAUCUAGGUGCCUAAAUCUGUUCACGGACUGCUUGAGGCGACGAGAAGAACAGCAACAAUUGGUUAGCCUUUCAACUGGUGGUAACGCUGCAAAAACACAAAACGACCAUCAAACGAUGGUAGACAACUAUUUCGGAGAAGUAACAUUCCAGCAGCAUCAUGACGAAGAGGACGUUAUUUAUGGCCUAAGUCAGCCAAAAGACGACCAGCAGACCACUUUCGAUAAGUGUAGCAAAUGGCUCAAAACUAAUCAAUUUGACAUUCCGAAGGAACCCAGCCCGGUCACAACGGCGCAAAAACUUACUUCCAGGAAGCCAACCACCGGAAAUAAAGAACGACAAAAAGUUAACUUUUUCGAUAUUACUGUUCCUGCCGCCAAGAGCGAUAACAGGAAAACAAAUUCCAACCCUCAAAACAAGCCAUCAAUGAGAUUACCUAUGCCGAAAUUUUACCCUUCGAAUUUAAAAACCAACUCAAAAGCUGAAAAAGUUGGAACAAUUAACAAACAACCGCCAAGAUCUGAGCAUGAAUUUGUAGUCACUGAGCGUCCACCAGAGAGAAUGUCUUUUCUUAAUAUAGCAUCCGAGUUGAACGUCAGCAAAAUCACCAUGCCCGAGGAAAUAAUUCCAGUGCAGGCUAAAAUCUUACAAUUUGCAAAAAAGGAAAAGAAAAAACUGGGUCGUUCCCCGCCCAAAGUCAUUUCGCCACAACCCUCGGAUUCUCCAGAAUGGAAAAAGAGCGAGCCCACAUUCUUCGCAGAAUUCGACAAAUCAAAUAACUUCGUUAAUGCAACAAGUUUUUCUAACGAUAGUCCUGUCCCCACCGAAAAGAAGGAUUGUUUUCUACUCACUCCCCAAGUGGUGAACAUAGUUAAAGCGAAACCCGAACCCGUCAGCACCCAAAGUUUCGAAAACUUUCCCUUAAGCUAUCAAGACGACAACGAUAACACUGUCAGCAGUGGAAUAUCCUACGCUUUUGUCGAGCCACUUUUCCUAGAACCCAUACAAGAUCCGGAUGAUACGUUGGACAUUGGCUCACCGAGGGCAAGAUUUUUCGAUCUGGAUAUGGUACAAAGCUACCGAGAAUUUCACCAAGCCUGCCGAGAGACGAUACAGCAUUUCAAAGUGGCAAUUGAACCAAUCGAACGGACCGAUUACUCGUCGGACGAGGAGGGCUGUGCAUGUUGCAGCUCGCAUCAGUUCAACCGCGAAAUUGAGAUCCUCCGUCAACCUUUCCAUAAGCCGAGGAAUAUUCUCACCAAAGUUGGCUCCCGCCAUCAAAUGGGAUUCUAUCGUUAGGGAUGAGCGAAGAGCUUGCCGGAUGAGUGGAUGGAUGGAAUUUAGAGCAAUCAAAUGUUUUUCAGCCAGAGGCUUCAAGUGAAGAGCAAACUAAUUUACAGCAGAUUAAAACUUUUUUUUUUGUUGGCGGCGAGUGGAUUUUUAAUCAGUUUGUCAUGCUGUACGAUUUCGCGGUGUUCCCAAAAACGAGGGAAGCCCUCAUGAAAGUUAUAUUCUUAUCUGAUAUUGAAAUAAAUCAUUUUUUUGCCUUCUUCUU